AUGAGAUAUAUGCACUUCGAACUUGGACGAGAUGAUGGCUGUGCACUGGUCGACUGUCGUGCGGGAAGAGAGUGUGUCAUAACCAACGGUGCCCCUAACUGUCAAUGCCAAGCCUCAUGCCCAGACCACUUUGCCCCAGUUUGUGGCACGGAUGACAACUCUUAUGAUAACCACUGCUUGCUGCACCGUCAUGCUUGUCUUACAGAAUCGCCCAUUGGCAUCUUCCACAAGGGAUUCUGCAAGAAAGCUAAGCAGGUGAAGCCAAAGAAGAAGGAAGUUAAUGACGAUGAACCAGACGUCUGCUACAGCGCCCAACGCGACGCCUUCCUGGUGGUGGUCAACCGUCACUGGCAGGAGACCUUAGAUUCCCAGCCGUGGCACGUCGCUGGCAUGACCUUCCGGGAGAGCCUGUGGGGUCGCUUCUACAGCUGUGACCGAGACAGGGACAACUAUCUGGGCACGGAUGAGCUGCUGAACUGCACGUCGUCUGCGCCUUUUAGGGCUCGGCCUGAACAAGACCAGGAGCUCACCAGAGCUUUGUGUGUGGAUGCCCUCAUUGAUGCAGCUGAUGUAAACCGUGAUUGGCGUUUGGACUUUGAGGAAUUCACCACCAUGCUUUCUCCAGGCUAUCGUCCUCCUCAAAAGCAAUGUUCACUGGAAGGCAGUAAAUAUUACGAUGGAGAAGAUGUACAUGUCGAUGGCAACCACUGCGUAUGUGCAGUGGGCAGCUGGGUUUGCACAUCGACCCAGCCCUCCAAAGAUUCUGAAAAGGAAUUCGGUGUCCAGGAAUUCGACAACUAUGACGACGACGACGACGAAUAUGACUACGACGAUGACGAUGAUGACUUAGAUGAUCCGCUUGACGACGACUAUAACGACCUGUUCGACGACGAGGAUGACGAGGAUGACGAUUAUCUCAUCAACGACAAGGAGGAGGAGGAGUAUAUUGAUCAGCUGUUCGAGGAGAUGCUGGAGAAGCUGAGGAAGCACAGGAAGGAGAGUCACCACCACAACCGCUUGUAAAAAGAAAGAGAAAAGAAGAUAGAUAGAGAGAGAGAGAGAAGAGGGGAUUUUUUUUUCUUUUUUUAGUUUUUUUACAUUUUUUGGUAAGUUUGUGACGUGGAAAUGUAACUCUUUGAAUAUACAGUGUAUGUAGGAUAUAAUGUUUUUAUUUGGUAUUACAAGAAAGCUUAGGAAAUCUUUUAAUAGAUUUGUCUUGUGGCUUGCGUAUGUGAAUUUAUUAGUAAAUCUUGAAUGAUAAUCUACGGUAUAUCUUUAAUAUGAAUUUAUUUACAGUUAAGUGAAAUAUGCAUUUUAUAAUUAAAAUUAGAGAUCUAUUGUUUGUGAAAUAAGUUGAUGACUAAACUACAUUUUUUACUGUUGCGUAUGUGCAUGUAAUUCUAUAUGAUAUCAAAUGAGCUUCCACUUAAUUAAAAACACAACCAUUUCAUUGCAUCUAACAAUGAUAAAACUUUUAUAAUAUACACCAAAAAGGAAAAAAAAAAAACAAAACUAUUCAAAUCCCGUCUGUUGUGCCAAAUGAUCUGUUCUAAAUGGAUGUGAAAAAUUGAGAAAAAUAUAGUUUUUUUUCCGGAAUGCAUUGCAGAUCUUACGGAAAGUUUUAUUUUGUGUGUGUAACCUCUAAUUUGGUUCACUAAUGAUUUCAGAGAAGCUAAAUUUAGUAUUGUAUACCCUUUUUCCUAAUUUCUAACUGGUAAUGAUUAUUAUAUACAUUAUUUAUCCCAAAUUUUCAAAAACUAAAAAAAAAAAAGUUUAUAUUUUAUAUGAAUAAAUUUUUAUUACAUGGAUAUUACCUGUCUUACAAUUCCCACAUUUUUUUCAUUACAAAUAUUUUCCGAAUGCAGAGCAUCAAAGAGUAUUUUCAGAAAGUUAUAAUAUUUAGAUUUUAAUACGUUUUAUAUUUAAAUCGACAAAAAAUAUAUUUUCCGGUGAAAAUAUAAACAAACACAAGAUACAAGAGAGGAUUGAUAGGUUUUAAAAGCAGUAGAAUAUAUUUGUAUGAGCAGGCAGAUAUUUUCAUAGAUUAAAACGCCAGUGUUGAAAGAUUUAUUUUACUAGUUCAACGGUGAACCUUAUAACUGAUAACUGCUUUUUCCAAUAAAGAAUUAUAACAAAA